AAAACAGUAACGUAAAGCAGAAGGCGGUCAGAUGAGUCAGAGCAGAAGUUUAGGAGAUUAUUUUAACGUUUGAUCAGUUUCAGCUGCAGAAAUUAACUUUAAUUGUAGUUUUCUUCGCUGACGUUGGAUUAAAAAGCUUUAAGCGGGAAACAGACGGAGGCGUCGGUCUGUUCAAAGCGGAAUAACGAGUUUUAAAAUCGACCACAAAGGAAUUUAACCGACGACACGAUGGAUUUUAUCAACUGCAACUGAAAGUAUUCACAAAAUGUUUGAGAAAAGAGUCGCAGAGUUUGAAGUGGAGGAGGUCAGAGGGAAAAACGUGAAGGAACCGUUCUGCAGUCAGUAUCGCUGUGGUCCUCUGCUCGGCAGCGGCGGUUUUGGUUCAGUGUUUUCAGGCCAGAGGCUCUCAGAUGGACUGCAGGUUGCCAUCAAACAGAUUUCCAGUGACAGAGUUCAGCAAUGGGCCAGACUGCCCGGUGAGGUCGGCCCUGUUCCCAUGGAGAUCGCUUUGCUGCAGCGGCUGUCAGACGUCGGAGGUCACGGGGGCGCCAUCCGCAUGCUGGACUGGUUCGAGGUGGAGGGGCGGGGCUUCCUGCUGGUUCUGGAGCGACCGCCUCAGUGUCAGGACCUGUUCGACUUCAUCACAGAGAGAGGAGCGCUGCCCGAACGCCUCGCCCUCAGGUUCUUCCGUCAGAUUGUGGAGGCGCUGCGGUUCCUUCACGCCCAUGGCGUCGUGCACCGAGACAUCAAGGACGAGAACAUCGUGGUCGACACUAGGACGCUGGACGUCAAGAUUAUCGACUUCGGGUCAGGAGCUCCGCUCAAAGAGACGCCGUACAGCGAGUUCGAAGGUACUCGAGUCUACAGUCCUCCUGAGUGGAUCCUGUCUCAGUCCUAUGACGCCGUCCCUCUCACCGUCUGGUCUCUGGGCGUCCUGCUCUUCGACAUGGUGUGUGGCGACAUCCCGUUCGAGCGCGACCAGGAGAUCGUCAGGGCCACGCCCAUUUUCACCAGAAGGGUCUCUAAAGAAUGCCAGUCUCUGAUUCGCUGGUGCCUGUCCUACCGUCCAGAGGAGCGUCCAACUCUGGAGGAGAUCCUGUCUCACGCCUGGAUGGAGGGAGGAGACAGGGAGGAAGAGGAGGAGGAGAGAGGAGACCUGCAGGAGGACUGCAGCUCUCUGCCCAGCCAGUCUCUGUGACUGCAUAACCUGAACAUACAGGGACGGACACGACCCUGAGUCCACGGGCCCCUGGGUGAAUAAACACAGACCCUGAGUAAACAUGUCGUCUUCUCUGUACGUCUCUCUGAUGGUGGACGUCUCUCUGAUGGUGGACGUCUCUGACAGGACUGUGGCUGAUCUGAGACUGUUCCACUCUCGGCCAGCAGGGCGGCAACACAAACUAAAACCUCACACUGGAUUUUAAAGGAGCAGUUCAGAGUUUCCUUCGUGUUUUAAUCUGUUGACCUCACUUCCUGUGAAAUCACGAUGAAGGUCAAAGUGUUCAGUUUGCUCAUUGAAGAGUUAACGGGUUGAAACGUGGAGGAAACUCUGCUGUGAUCCGUCACAAACUAUAUUUAUUUAGAUUUUUGUUUCCUCGUCACACUGCAGUCAGCUGAUUACUUUUUUAAGUUAUAAUUUAUCUGUUGGUGAGCGCAGCAGAAACACUUCCUGUUGAGGUAUUUAUUUAGUAUUUAUGUUUUGUAUUGAAGAUAUAGACCUUUUUUUUCUGCAUCAGAGAACACUGAACAAACUGCAGACACUCUUUAGUUGUUACCUCCGUCACAGAUGAUCCAGGUCACAGAGUAGAAACCAGCUGGUGUGUAUGAAGAUAUGAACAUCAGCUGUUCACCUGUGGAGCUUCAGUUACAGGUGAACAUCUCACCAGGUGUCUCUGGCCUUUUUCACACAGAGGGAGCCGCUGCGAGGCCCCUCCUCCACGCCGCCUUUGAAUUUUUACACAGAACAAAUAAAAGAAACUUCACCUGAUACUGAUCUCUAUUCCUCCGUAGAGUCAAACUCCACAGACCUUUAACAGCACACGUCCCCACAGUGACACACCUGUCAAAAAAUGUUUGAAAAAUGUUUGAGUGUGUUCAGUGACGCUGGAGCAGCAGCAGUCAAAUUAAACUAAAACGCAGGAAGUUAGUUUGACGUUAAAGUCAGAACUUUAAUUUAACGUAAAGACAAAGAGAUUUUAUUUUUAUUUUUGAUUCCUUUUCAGAUGAAAACCAGUGACGGCGUUGAUGUUCAGAUGUGACCUCACUGUAAAUACUUGUGUAUUAUCGUCUGGUUUUAUGAUCAAAGUGGCUCAUUGGUCACUUGUUGCUGUUUAUUUAUAUUAAAUAGGAAUUUAUGGAUCGAAAGAAGAAAAAAAAGAUCCAGUGUUUGAAUAAAACAGUUUUUGUCACUUCA